GAUUAUUGGAAGUUGUGAACUUGAAGCAUCUGUAACAUGCCCAUUUUUAUUAUUCUAUUGUGGCUUGCUGGAUUAGUUGUACAUAAGUUGCUGGCUCCAAUGUAAAAUCAAUUUUUAAUCUUGGGAAGUCAAACACAAGAUGAGAUGGAUUGCUUAACCAAAAACCCUCUGCUUCUCCCUUUCACUUGCUUUCUUUCUGGUUCUCGACUUUCUCUCCAUUUUUCUUCCCCUUAGCUGUUCUUGAACAGGUUGCUGCAGAAAUCUGAUGGGUUCUUGUGCCUAUAAUUGAGAGUUGAGAACCAUGUGCAGCUAUCUGCCUUAGAGCUCAGUAAUUGAAACGUUAGUGGCUCGCUCUUGGUGGAUUGUGGUUUUCCCUUGUUAGAUUUUGACUUCAUUCCAUAUUAGUAUUUCCAUUGAUUAGAGUAUUCAUGCCAAUGGCCAUGGAUCAAAUGGCUAUCUUCAGAUUCCGUUGCUUCUGCUUCACUAUUCUCCUCCUCUCCACAAUUUCAUCCAUCUCAUUCCUCUUCUGGUAUCAAUGCUCAGGUCCAUGUAACAGUUCUGAAACCCAGAUGCCAUGGCAGAAGCAAAGCCAAGCAAUAAAUCUACUCUCUCAUGCUUCUGCCUGGAAUCAUCUAUCUUUCUCUUCACAGCCACCACCAAAGCUCCUCAAAGUUGCACUCUUUGUGAAGAAAUGGCCUCAUAGAUCUCACGCUGGAGGGCUUGAACGCCAUGCUCUCACUCUUCAUCUGGCACUCGCCAGAAGAGGCCACGAGCUUCACGUUUUCACGGCCUCACCAACAGCCGCCAACAAUGCAUCCUUCCCCAGGUAUCCCAUGACCAAUUUACAUUUCCACCUCUCCAAACCAACAUCCGCAGGCUAUUUAGACCAAGCCAUAGUCUGGAAGCAGCUUCAGCUUCAGAACUCAACUUCCAGACCCUUUGAUGUGAUCCACACGGAAAGCGUGGGACUGCUGCAUACCAGGGCCAGAAACCUGACCAAUUUAGCCGUCACUUGGCAUGGGAUAGCUUACGAGACUGUUCACACAGACAUCAUUCAAGAGCUUCUGAGAAGUCCCGAGGAGCCUCAAUCAUAUGCACUGGCGGACAGAGUGAUGAAAGUUGUAGAUGAGGUGAGGUUCUUUCAAAAUUAUGCUCACCAUGUUGCUACCAGUGAUCACGCUGGAGAUGUAUUGAGAAGAAUCUAUAUGAUCCCAGUAGAGCGAGUUCACGUUAUUCUGAAUGGCGUAGAUGAGGAGAUCUUCAAACCUGAUUCUGUAAAAGGGAUGGAAUUCAAAAGGAAGUUCGGUGUGCCGGGAAGAAAGACAUUAGUAUUAGGCAUGGCUGGAAGAUUAGUGAAGGAUAAAGGGCACCCCUUGAUGUUUGAAGCGCUGAAGCAGCUGAUAGCUGAGAAUGGCGCCUUUCGGAACGAUGUUAUUCUUCUGGUUGCUGGAGAUGGUCCAUGGGCUGCAAGGUACAAAGAUCUGGGAGCUGGUAGUAUUAUAGUUUUGGGGCCAUUGGACCAUGUUCAGCUUGCCAGCUUCUACAAUGCAAUCGAUAUUUUUGUUAACCCAACGCUUCGAGCUCAGGGGCUGGAUCAUACACUGCUAGAGGCAAUGCUGUCUGGCAAGCCGGUGAUGGCUACACGAGUGGCUAGCAUCACUGGCUCUGUGAUUGUGGGUGGAGAGAUGGGUUAUACAUUCUCUCCCACUGUGGCUUCACUAAAGAAGGCUCUGUCCAAAGUGUGGGAAGAUGGAAGAGCGGUUUUGGAGAAGAAAGGAGAGGCUUGUAGACAGAGAGGUUUACAGCUUUUCACAGCUACAAAAAUGACUGCUGCUUAUGAAAGGUUGUUCCUUUGUAUUUCAACUGCCGGGAACAGGGAUGAACAAGAUCUUUGUCAAUAUCGUGGGUAAAAAUUGAGCUUCUGAUAUGUCUCCAUGGUUCCUUACUAGUUUGAAGGUUUAAGAAGCUCAGAAAGGAACGAAGGAUGGGAUGCUAUUAGUUUCAAAAUACAACCUUUGAUACUAU